CUGCUUUUGAAAUACUCAUGCAAGAGGUGUUUCUGUGUGCCUGUAUUGCAGCCCUCGGUGUCUCAGGAUUCAUGUGAAUUAUUUAGAGAGAUUCUUUGUGUGGAAUGAGGCCGAUGAGCGGUUCUGGUUUCACACGCAGCCUGUAGAAUAACAUCACGGUUUCCUCGCAACUCGUCUGUUUUGCCAAAGUCACAUCCUGCUUUUGUUCUACUUAUACAGAUAUCCUGCUUCAUUAGGCUCGAGCUGAUACUGUGGUGCUGAUUACGCAUGUCUGCACUCACCAUUUACAUUACAGUAGAAAGAAAACAUUAUUAUCAGCUGGGAUCAUUCACUUGUUACUCAACAGAAGGAAGCAGUAGCUCAGGGCUCAUUUCUUUUUGUUGAUGGUGAGUUUGCUUAUGAUCGGCAUCGCCGCCUGGGGCAAGUGUUUUGGGUUGGUGUCGAGCUUCCAGGUGGUGGGUGGCAUCAUCGGAGUGGGGGUCUUCCUCUUCUUCGUUGCCCUCGCUGGACUUAUUGGUGCCAUGAAGCACCACCAGGUUCUGCUGUUCUUUUACAUGAUCAUCCUGUUCCUGGUGUUUGUAGUUCAGUUUUCGGUGUCCAGUGCGUGUCUGGCUAUCAAUGAGGAGCAACAGAAUCACCUGUUGGAGGUGGGCUGGAAUAACUCUCUGACCACUCAGAGAGACGUGGAGAAGAGUCUGAACUGCUGUGGUUUCUCUCACAUGGAUGUCAAUGGAAGCUGCGCUGCUCCCUGCUUUCAUUACAGCACUUGCACCACGUGUGCAGCAAAGAUCCAGGAGCACGCCGGCGAGGUGCUGCGCUUUGUCGGAGGGAUUGGCCUCUUCUUCAGCUUCACCGAGAUCCUGGGAGUUUGGCUGACAUACAGGUACAGAAACCAAAAAGACCCACGGGCAAAUCCCAGCGCCUUCCUGUAGGUUCGAUUCUUAUGAUGAAUUCGUCGUCUGACCACUGAAUUUCUCACUGGAGCUGUUAAAGAGAGUGUGCGUUUGCUUUUACUGAAGAGGAGACCAGCCUGCGUGUUCUUGCUGCUAUAUAUUAAUAUGUGCUUGAUUUUUCAAGAGUACAGUGUGACAGCACUGUACUGUAUGUUAUGAGGCUGUACUCAUGCUUGAAGAAUUCCUCUCGAUGAAAGAACAGAACACCAAAUGUCAGUAUGCAGUACUUACACUAAUGGGCUAAACAACAAAGACCACUCCAUUUUAUGUUACCGAUUUUAUUUUACAGGUGAGGUCAAAAUUGUACAUACAGCUUUCAGAAUCUGCAAAAUGUUAAUUGUUUUACCAAAAUAAGAGGAAUUGUGUAUGUUUUUUUUUUUAUUUAGUACUGACCUGAAGAAAAUAUUUCACAUAAGAUGCUUACAUAUAGUCCACAAGAGAAAAUAAUAGUUGAAUUUAUAAAAAUGACCCGAACAUGUCCUGAACAGUUUAACUGUCCGCUGUUCUUCAGAAAAGUCCUUCAGGUCCUACAAAUUCUUUGCUUUUUCAGCAUUUUUGUGUAUUUGAACCCUUUCCAGCAAUGACUGUAUGAUUUUGAGAUCCAUCUUUUCACACUGAGGACAACUGAGGGACUCAUAUGCAACUAUUACAGAAGGUUCAAACGCUCAGUGAUGAUUCAGAAGGGAAAACAAUGCAUUAAAAGCCAGGGGGUGAAAACUUUUGAACAGAAUGAAGAUUUGUACAUUUUUCUUAUUUUGCCUAAAUAUCAUAUAUUUUUUCAUUUAGUACUGUCUUUCAGAAGCUACAGAAGAUACUUACAUGUUUCCCAGAAGACAAAAUAAGUUAAAAGAAUUCAAGAAGUUUUCACCGCCUGCUCUUAAUGCAUCGUGUUUCCUUCAGGAGCAUCAGUGAGUGUUUGAACUUUCUGUAAUAGUUGCAUGUGAGUCCCUCAGUUGUCUUCAGUGUGAAAAGAUAGAUUUCAAAAUCUUGCAGUCAUGGUAGGAAACUUGUGGGACUUAAAGGAUUUUUCUAAAGAACAGCGGGCAAUUUAUACAACACAGUAUUAAGAAUCAAGCAUAUGUAAACUUUUGAACAGGGUCAUUAUUAUAAAUUCAACAAUUAUUUUCUCUUGUGGACUAUAUGUAAACAUCUUUUAUGUGACUUAUUUAUCUUAUUCAGCUUAGUGCUAAAUAAAAAACAUUUUGUAUGAUCACUCCUAUUUUGGAGAAAUAAUUAACAUUUUCCAGAUUCUGCAAGGUGUAUGUAAACUUUUGACCUCAACUGUAUGUGGUAGAAAACAUUAACAGAAAAUGAGCUGCUGUGAUCAAAACAGUGUGCAGUGUGUGAGCAUGACACUAUUUAUGUUGACAGUUUGUAUAUGCUGACAAUAUCAAAAUGCAUCCAUAUCGAUUUCACUUCAGUUUCUUAUAUUAAAUGCACAUGUUAUCAUUUAGCACAAAGGAUUAAAACUAGAAAUGCUCAGAAUGCAAUAAAGUUGGACUUUACUAAUUAGUAUGAAAAUGCAAUUAAGUAAAAAAUGUUUUCUUGAGCACUGAUCUCAGAUUUCACAUUACAUAUUUAUCUGCUUGUUUUAUUUUCCAUUACGUGUGUUAGUUUACUGACUUGAUUUUGUGUAUCCUUUUGGCUUCUUGCAUGAAUUCCUCAUUGAAAUGUACAUCUAUAUCCACUGGUUCUGUGAACUACGCUCUCAAGCAUUUGAAAUCAGAAAAAAAUAAUAAAGACUCUGAGGACACAAUA